AUGCAGUUCACUACUACUACCCUCGCUCUUCUGAUUGCUUCGGCAAAUGCCUCUCCUCUCCUGGGCCUCAAGCUCGGUGGCCUCAACGUUGGUGUUGCUACUUCCAGCGCUCUGUUGGAUGUGAGCGUCGGUUCCGGAUCGGGUUCUGCUGCGAAGGCAUCCUCUACGUCCACCAUCACCGCUGCGCCAACUACCGCUUCCACUGGCCAGCCAACGAUGCCAUCAAGCUUCUCUGCCCCGGUUCAGGGCCACGGCAUACUCUCUCUUGAGAACCUUCCCGCUAUGCCACCUGUCAUUGACAAGACUCUUUCUGGUGUUCUCGGCACUGUUGUCGGUCUCUUGUCUGGAGUCUGCAGCACCGACCACAAGUGCACCGUCACUGUUGCCGGCUCUCUCGAGAACCUGCUCGUCGAUGGCGACAAGUACUCCAUGAACAACACCAUCUCUGCAUGGUGCGCUGAGGGCCGCUGCUACGGUUCUGCCGAGAUCCCUCAACUUACAGCUACCGCCCCCUUCGUUAUUACUUGCGACCAGAUCUCUGGCCACAAGGCGUGCUCCGCCACCAUUUCGGGUAUUGCACGUGCCAUUUUCGCCAACGGAGAGCAAGUCGAACUUUGGGGUUGGUUGACCCCUGCUGGUUACUGCAAGGAGGGUGUUUGCACUGCUUCCAUCACCGCUAUCGGUGACCCAAUGUACUAA